AUGGCCUUCCGCCUCGAAACGAUCCAGCGUCAGGUCCUGGGCGGUGCCAGCUCCAUUAGUGGAGGUUUGCGCAUGGUCGGCGUGUCAGAGGAUGGAGACUUCGAGAAGCGCGUGCAGGAGAUGAAGACCUGGAUGGGUAGUGAGCGCUUCAAGCACACGACCAGGCCCUAUAAGGUGGAGGAUGUGGUGAAGCUCCAAGGCACCUUUCCGUUGCACUUCGCCGGUGCGAAGGUCUCCGAGAAGCUCUACAAGAUGAUGAGGGAGCACCAGGCGAAGGGCACCUGCUCUCACACCUUUGGCGCCCUCGACACCGUGCAGGUCACUCAGAUGGCCAAGUACUUGACCUCCGUGUACGUGAGCGGCUGGCAGUGCUCCUCCACCGCUUCCACCUCCAACGAGCCCGGCCCUGACGUGGCCGACUACCCCUACGACACUGUGCCCAACAAGGUGGACCAGCUCUUCCGUGCUCAGCUCUUCCACGAUCGCAAGCAGUAUGAGGAGCGCCGCCGCAUGAGCCCUGCCGACCGCGCGGCGACGCCGGCGGUGGAUUACUUGAACCCCAUCAUCGCGGACGCCGACACCGGGCACGGCGGCAUCACCGCGACGAUGAAGCUGGCCAAGAUGUUCAUCGAGAACGGCGCGGCCGGAAUCCAUAUUGAGGACCAGAAGCCAGGCACCAAGAAGUGUGGACACAUGGGCGGCAAGGUCUUGGUGUCCACCCAGGAGCUGCUCUUGUCACAACGCGCGCAGGCGGACGUGCUGAACAGCCCGCUGGUGCUGGUGGCGCGCACAGACGGGGAGGCGGCCACCAUGAUCGACUCCAACAUCGACGCCAUUGACCAUCCUCACAUCAAAGGUGCCACUGUCCCUGGGCGAAAGGAGGCUGUUGGGUGUCGGCGCUGGGGAGCUGAUGAACGCUGA